AAAAGACGAGCAAAAAACAGGAAAGGAGGAUGCGGAUUAAUCCACUCAAAAACCGUUGAAAAGCCCGCGCAAGCUUAACUUUUGGGUAUUUUUCAUGGAAAACUGAAAAGUAUUGUUACAGGGGUAUUUUCGUCACGGAAAAAAAAUGUACGAACAAAUCGCAUUGUACUCAACUCUGUAUGCUGCUCAUUUCUCCUCCUAUAAAAGCCAAGAUUAUUUUCUCAGAAAAUUCAACUUUCCGAUUCCAAUACUUAUUAAAGAACUGCAGCAAAUAAAGAAGAUCAGUAAAUAGAGUCUUUGAUUUUCUUUCUGUUGGAACAUGGAAAAGGAGCAAGAGAGAGAAUGGACAGAAGCACAGAAUAUAGUAGUGAGUGUUGAUCUUCUUGAAACUGCCAAAAAGCAGCUUCAAUUUCUUGCUGCUGUUGAUCGUAAUCGAUUUUUAUAUGAAAGUCCUGCUUUGGAAUGGGCUAUCUAUAGGUACAAUGCCUUUUGGCUUCCCUUGCUCGCCAAACAUUUGGAGAACCCUAUUUCAGAAGACCCAUUAGUUGUUCCUCUUGAUUGCGAAUGGAUAUGGCAUUGCCAUAGGCUCAAUCCAUUAAGAUAUAAAUCAGAUUGCAAGGAGCGGUUUGGACGAAUCCUUGGCAACCAUAACAUCAUCUCGUCUGUUCAAGGAAUUUCAAAGAGCAGAACUGAGGAGAUGUGGAACAAAAUGUAUCCUGAAGAGCCCUAUGAGCUUGACUAUAACAGACGUUUUCCAGGAGAUAGCUUGCAAAAGAAUGUUCAAUCUGAGAAAUUUACUAGUUAUGACCUGGUUUCUGCUGUUAGAAGACAGGUCCCUUUCUGUUUUCAGGUUGCCAGGCCUCAUAUGUCUGAUGAUCGCUUUCUUGAGGAAGCAGUGGCCAGAUACAAAGGGUUUUUGCAUCUUAUCAGGACAAACAGGAAGAACAGCAUAAAACGUUUUUGUGUUCCUACUUAUGACGUUGACCUUAUCUGGCACUCACAUCAGUUACAUUCUAUAUCUUACUGCAACGACCUCUAUAAAUUACUGGGCAAGGUGUUAGAGCAUGAUGAUACUGACUCUGACAGAACAAAAGGGAAGAAACUCGACACUGGUUUUUCUGAUACUACCAAACAAUGGGAAGAUACCUUCGGUUUAAGAUAUUGGAAAGCGGGGGCAAUGUACAGAGGAACUACUCCAACUCCAGUUGCACAAAUUCCUUUCCCAUUCACUUAUGAGGGCAAGAAGCUUCAUAACUUUGAUAAUGCAAUUCAAUUUCCGGAGAUGAAAGCUGUAGAGGUUCUUUUGGAAUUUGUGGAAAUAAAGAAUGUACCAGAGGGUGAAAAAGGAAACCUCCGUGUCUCAUUCAGUAAGAAACAACCUGAUAGACUUUUUAACGCCAAGAAAACAAUGAGUAUAUUAUCCGAGUCUGGAGAAAAACAGGUUGCUUAUUUCCAGUGCGAGCCUACUGGGGAGGUUCUCUUUGAGCUUACAUGCAAUUCACCAUCGAACUUACCAUUAUAUAAAUCAUUCAAACCAUACGGUUUUUGCUCUCUGUCUUUGCAAGACUGCCUGGAUUCUGGAUCUCAACUUUCUGUAAAUAAAUGGCUCACUGUGGUUCCUUUAACUGGCAUCUUAGCUUCGAAGCCCAUCCUUCUGCAUGUUUCUCUUUCGUUUACUCUUCCUACACCAGCAUUCCAAGUUUUUCAUCUGGUUCGGUCUCAGCCUUUCUUUAAAAGUCCAUGUAAUUUCCCGCUUCCCAAGAUAAGGAAGGCUAAAAAUGUUAAGAGCAGUACCUGUGUCACUGAUGAUGAUGGAAAUGAUGUUCUUAACCUUCAAAUGAGAGACUUGAGCAAAGAGAUGACAAGAAGCACUCCUGAGUUGCUAAAGGAGGUACACUACAUCACAGAUUCUGGUGAAACGCAUAGCUUGGCUGAGUUUCAGGGAACCGAGUGGUGUAUAAAGGGGACCCAUGGCUCCUUUAAGCUUUGCCGCUCUUCUGGAAAUGAUGGUCAUCUCUUUGAGCUUGUUGGUCAUAAGAUGGUAAAACUUUUUGCUGGAAGACGGCUAGACUUUGAACCCAAACACUGCGGAAAGCAUACAAGCGAACAUGAUUAUAUUACUGCAGUUGAAUUCUGUGCAGAUUAUCCCUAUGGAAGGGCUGCAGCACUUAUUGACUUCAAGAAUGGAAUAGUCAAGGUCAAGGACGAAUGGAUGAUAUUAAUUGGCAUUACUUUAGCCUUCAUUUUAUCUGAUAUUCUGAAAAGAGAGGGUGGUUUCACUGCCAAAGUAGGUUACAAGGAGAACAUAAUAAACCAAGUGGUACAAGUAGCCAGCUCUCAUGAUAACGCAGAAAAUUUGACUGAGGUCAAAGUGGAGGUGGAAAAUACUGAUACACAGAUUGCAAAACAAGGUAUCUCACAAAGUGGAGGUUGUGGGAGUGGUUGUGGCAGUGGAUGUGGAGGUGCAGUAAACAUCGGAGGCUGUGGCGGUAGUGGAUGUGGCAGCGGUUGCGGCAACAUAGUCCAGAGCGGUGGAUGUGGCAGUGGUUGUGGCAGCGGUUGCGGCAACAUAGUCCAGAGCGGUGGAUGUGGCAGUGGUUGUGGCAGCGGUUGCGGCAACAUAGUCCAGAGCGGUGGAUGUGGCAGUGGUUGUGGCAGCGGUUGUGGGAACAUGGCAAAGUGCGGUGCAUGUGGUGGCGGUUGUGGUGGUUCUGGUGGAUGUGGAAGCAGUUGUGGACACAUGAUCAAGAGUGGUGGUUGUGGUGGUUCCGGUGGAUGUGGCAGCAGCUGUGGACAAAUGGUCAAGAGUGGUGGUUGUGGCAGUGGUUGUGGUGGUGGAUGUGGACACAUGGCAAAGAGUGGAGGCUGUGGGGGUGGCGGUGGUUGCGGCAGUAGUUGUGGAAGUAAUUUACUACAUGAUGAUAAUGUUGGUGGUUGUGACUUGCCAAAGGUGGAGGUUUCCAUAGUGAAUGAGCCUGUGGCAGCUUAAUCAGUAAAAUAAACUGUGAUGUGGAGUGUGAACUAUGGAACUCAAGUUAGUUUGUUUGUUUUAUCUCUGUUUAUCUGAUGUGUAUAAAUAAGUUUGGUGUAUGGCUGUUUUUAUAUUAUGCAAAUUGGGAUUGGUAAACAACUCUUCCCUUAUUGUAAGAUACUUACUUCGUACUCGAUGUAUUCAAGAAGUCUUUGCUUUUGGUUGCCAAUAACAAAUAUCUAGUUAUUGUUGUUA